AUGGAGCAGACAUUUCAAUUAAUUCUUCUUAUUGCUCUCUGCUCCGUAUCUGAAUGUGUUCAGCGUCAGUAUCACUAUAUAAAUGAGAGGAAGACCUGGACUGAAGCUCAGAGAUACUGCAGAGAGAAUUACACAGAUCUGGCCACCGCUGACAACAUGAACAACAUGAACGAGCUGAACAAGAGUGUGAAUGAUAGAAGUGUUCAGUAUGUCUGGAUUGGGCUGCAGAAGACGGGUCGUGAUGAAUGGCAUUGGUCUUCAGGUGAACCUGUGCUCUAUCUGAACUGGGCACCUGGACAACCAGAUGGCAGAGAUGAUUGUGCUGUGAUGUUAAAUGGAAAAUGGCAUGAUUGGACAUGUAAUUCUGCCCGAUAUUUCAUCUGCAACAACACGAACACAGGACUCGUCUUUGUCAAUCAGAUGAAAAAUUGGAGAAACGCUCAGAGUUACUGCAGACAGAAUCACUCUGAUCUGGUCAGUGUGAGGAACCAGAAUGAGAGUCAACAGGUUCAGCAGUUCAUUAGUGAUAAUCAUUUAUCUGGAUCAGAAGUCUGGAUCGGUCUGUUCAGAGACUCAUGGCAGUGGUCAGAUCAGAGUAACUCCUCAUUCAGAUACUGGAGGUCUGGUCAACCUGAUAAUUAUGGAGGUGUUGAAGGAUGUACAAUGAUUCUAUUGAAUGCUGUGGGACAAUGGAAUGACAUCUCUUGCACCAACCAAUAUCCUUUUGUGUGUCAUGAAGAUGAACUGAUUGUGAUCAGAGAGAAUCUGACGUGGGCUGAAGCUCUGAGAUACUGCAGACAGAAUCAUGUGGAUCUGGUCUCGGUUCAUUCAGAAGAGAUUCAGCGUCGUGUGAUGAACGUGGUUAAACGGGCGUCUACUGCGGCGGUGUGGUUGGGUUUACACAACUACUGCAUCAUGAACAUGUGGAUCUGGCUGAGUGGAGAGAUCGUGUGCUAUCAGAACUGGGCUCCAGGGAACGGAACGACUCCAGAAAACUGCAAACUCGAGAAGAGAAAAGGAGCAGUUCAGUCUGGAGGAGAUCAGCGCUGGAUCAGCCUUCCUGAAUCUCACAAACUCAACUUCAUCUGCAGCAGAUAUUAAGAGCUAAUGUGUUUACUUGCAUUCAUGGUUUUCAUAGGCUACUUCAUUGUUUUUCUGAUUUACUUUUAUCUUUGAUUUGUUCUUUAGUAAGUUCUGAGUGAAUCUUAUUGGGUUAUAUUAUUGGGUGGCCAGAACUGUUUUAUUUCUGUAUUAUGAUAUAUGUCUUUUAAGAAACUCCUUGUAUAUCUGGGGCCAAGGAGGACUAGGAUAAGGGAUUAAGUCAGGAUAUCUUGGUGAUCCUGGCUCAAUUGAUCCGUAAUCCGGUUGCACUAAAGCUGGAUAGGGGGCAGGAGGAUAUGUUAUGGUAUAAAUUACCAUGGAGAUUUAUUCUGUGGAGCUAGCCUGCUCCAGACCAGGCUAAAUUCCAGGAUCUAUUUAAUCUCAUCCCUAAUGUCAGUCAGCAGUCACCACAAAUGGAAACCAAUAGUUAUUUCACUGCUCACUAUACAUUG